AUGACAAACUCAUUCAAAAAUAAAAUAGGUCAAGGAGGCUAUGGUAUUGUGUAUAAAGCAAGCUUACCAGAUGGUCGUCAAGUGGCAGUGAAAGUAAUAAACGAGUCUAAGGGAAAUGGAGAAGAAUUUAUAAAUGAAGUUGCUAGCAUUAGUAGAACGUCACACGUCAAUAUUGUCUCGCUUUUGGGUUUUUGUUAUGAGAAAAAAAGAGCACUCAUAUAUGAAUUCAUGUCCAAAGGAUCAUUGGAUACAUUCAUCAUUAAAAGGGAUCUCCUGAUGUUAUUUCUAGUUUGGAUUGGAAACCAUUACCAAAUUGCAAUUGGCAUUGCUCGAGGACUAGAAUAUUUGCAUCAAGGGUGUAUUUCCAGAAUUCUGCAUCUUGAUAUCAAACCCCAAAACAUUCUUUUGGAUGAAGAUUUUUGUCCAAAAUCUCUGAUUUUGGACUAG